AUGGGUCUCCUUUCGCUGACUUACCGUCGCCCUCAAUAUGUCGAUGACAGCUCCUUCCGGGACAGCGCGUCAUCUCUCAACGAGAAGAGCAACAGUUCCCUUCGUUCUGGCAGGUCUGGCACGACUGGCAUCCCUGAGUCGCUCGCGUUCGACAGGAUCAUCAAUGGCGGCACUUGUCCUCCAUGCACUGUGAGAGACUUUAUGAACUAUUUAAUUUACAUCGAACACUCGGCCGAGAACCUUCAGUUCUUUCUCUGGAUCAAGGAUUAUGAGAAGCGUUUCGCCAACGCCAAGCCGUCGGAGCUCGCUCUCGCACCGGAAUGGACGCAAGAGAUGGAAGAUGAGACCAUUGCCAAUUUACGCAAGGAAAAGGCUGGUGCCUUCCGUCAGGCCAAGCCUGGCCACGAGAUAUUCAAGGGCACCGACUUCGAAAAGAAGGCAAACGGCCCUCCCAACCCUCAUGCUGCCGAGCCCAACCCGUUCUCCACCCCUCCGCGCACACCAGCCGGACAGAACGACGUCGACUCGCUCUUCAGCUCAUCUCAAGGCAUGUCCGUCGUCGGUACAUUCCGUUCGCAGGCCACCGAGGCGUUUGCCAACGCUGGUGCGAAGCAGCCAUUCACCAUUCAGCCCUUCCGCGAGGAGAUUGACCGUAUCGUCGCCACUUAUAUUAUGGAAGGUGCCCCGCGACAGCUGAAUGUCUCUGACCGAGAGCGCAAUGCCGUCCUGCACGGCCUGGCUUACACAACGCACCCUAGCGCGCUGCGAAUCAUCUUCAAGUCGAUCGACCACUCGCUCCGCCACCAGGCUCAUCCCAACUUCAUCCGUUGGUCCAUCUGCAAUGGCAACCCGGCUCGUGUCUUCUUCGCACGAUUCUUGGGCGUCUUCCUCAUCGCAGCUUCUCUCGUAGCAGCCAUCAUCCUGACCCUCAGCAGUGCGCCACGCGGCUACCGUGCCAUUCCCGCCGUUGGCUUUGUUCUCGGCGUCUCAACGUUGGUGGCAGCGUGGAAGGGCAUGUGCGUGGUGCUUCACGGCAUGCACCACCGACACGUCAGGCCCUGGGAACUGUUCAUCGACAACGAGGGCGAGUGCGACCUCUCCAAGACGAGCUUUGAGUCGUUUGGUUCAGGCAACAGCUACGAGACGGAGCCGUGGGUUGUCAAGUACGAGAAGCGCAACACUGUGCGCAAGGUGUUUGACCGCGAAGUUUGGAUCCAGGAGCCAGCGCUGCGCCAGAUCCAGGAUACCAUUUUUGUGCAGGCCAUGUUGUGCGCGCUACUGGCGGCCGGUGUCUUGACGGCCAUUUUUGUUGCUGUGCCGGGGGGGAAACUGAUGUAA